AUGGUGAGCCUGGCUUCGAUGAACGUGAUCGGCAUACCACCUUCCAGUGGACUGCCGGUCUCUUCGGCAGACGCAUGGCGCGGCAUCCAUCAAAGGAUGCCUGGACACAUACAUCGAAAGCAACCAGGUUGUCGUGUUCUGAAGAGCCACCGGGCACUCCAGCUGACUGCGGCGACAUGUGUGUUCCGAUUUUGGGGCGGCAAGCGGAAAUCGAAAGUGCCAGCGCUCGGGCGGAAAGAUGAUGUUCCUGCUGUAGACCUGGAUGGUUGCAGCUGGUUCAGCGCAGGUGAUGACCCAGAACCACCUGCUAAAAUCGUGGCCGCAGUGCGCGCGGCUUUGACGUCGCAUGGGCUCUUUUCAGCCACAGGUCACGGAGUGCCUUUGGAUGUCGUCAAGGAAGUCCGUGCGGAGUCCAUGGCCUUCUUCGACCAGCCAUUGGAGAUGAAGCAGAGCUGUGCCGUUUACAACAUGGAGAGAAACCGCGGCUAUGAGAUCUACCCGCAUCACCAGAGGUUUCUAGAACAAUGGCAAACCACCUCGGUGCCUCCAGAUGCACAUGCCGAGCCAUCUGCUGUGCAAGGCAUCGUCUGCGAGCGGUUCUGCUGCGGACCGCCAGAAAUUUGUGAGGCUACUUGUGACGGGCGACAGGCCAAGUCUGCAAAGUGGAAGUUGGAUGACUACUACCGCUCUGCAUAUGGAAAGGUGUUCUUCCCCGCCAAUGUCUGGCCCUCGAGCUGCGAAAGGCUGAAGCCUGCAAUGUUGGAAGCUUACACUGCCUUCGAACAACUCUCCGAAGCUCUGCUGCUGCUUCUAGCAGCAGCCUCUGGGGUGCAGCCAACUUCACUCCAAAACCUUUGGUAUGACUCGCAGCGGCACGUGCGUCACUCCAGCAUGCUGCAGGUGUGCAACUAUCCAUCGUUGUUGCCUCGACGCUUGCGACCACCGGACUUGUCGGAGUACCAGCUGCGGGCAAAGGCACAUCAGGAUUUCGGCACCUUCACGGUUCUGGCGAGGUCUCCCGGCACAGACUCUGGUGUGGCCAAGUGCGGCCAGAGCGGUGCCCUCGAGGUUCGCUUGCCGUCUGGUUCGUGGGCAUGUGUGCCUGCAAGAGAAGAUGCCUUAACGGUAAUGCCGGGAACCUUGAUCGAGUAUUUGACUGCAGGACGAUGUCGCGGGGUCAUGCAUCGUGUCUCGAAUCCGCGGCCUGCCCUGGCAGCAGAUUCUCGACGGCUUUCCGUCACUUUCGUGGCAAAGCCCGACUACACGGCAGCUGCUGUACCACCGGACAGCAACUUGGCAGAUCCUUCGACGCCUACCCUUGGCGACCUUUGGCGAGUGGGUUGGCAAGAAAAGCAGCGCCUCAUGGGAACAAUGCCCCACGGCAUUGCAGUGCAGCAGUUCCGCAGACAUCGGCAGGAGCUGCGGCAGCGUCUCCUCUUGCAAGACUAG